AUGGUCGAGUACUCGAGUUCAAACGUCGGCAGGGGAAAAAGAAAAUGGAAACUCGAAACUACUACUGUGAAAAUAUCUAAACAAUCAGGGCCAUGCGAGGUGUUCAUAAACCACAGAGGAAGCGAUACGAAGAAAAACAUUGCCGGGUUGCUCUACGAUCACCUUUCAAGGCUGGGCAUUAAGCCAUUCAUGGACAGCCGAAACAUGAAGCCUGGGGACAAGUUGUCACACGAGAUUGACGCCGCUAUGGAAAAUUGUAAGGUUGCUGUUGCACUCUUGUCGCGCAACUAUUGUGAGUCCCGCCAUUGUCUCCGUGAGCUCACUCUUUUAAUGCAGUCCAACAAAAGAGUUUUACCCAUCUUCUGGGAUGUGAAACCGGCCGAGCUUCGGGUUAACAACAAUGAAUACAAAUUAUCAUCGAAAGAACGCUGGAGAUUCACAUGGGCACUUGAACAAGUUAAAGAUACCAUUGGUCUUACCUUCGACUCGUCCAAAGGGGAUUGGUCUGAAUUCUUAGAAGUUGCUUCGAAAGAAGUAAAGAAUUUGCUUGAGGUCGAUCAAGUCUUGUUGCCCUACAUCACGUGCCGCUCAAAAUUUCUGUUGUCCAUAGUGUCAAAAUCGCCGCAGCCCUUGCAAGAGCUCAACGCUUCUGCCACCGACGAUAGUUCAGACGCCGCCAAGUAUAGAUCCAAAGAGAUUUGA